AUGGCGUACAAUAGCCACAUUUCCAGCCCUAUGCCUGGCUUUACAGCAGAGCAGACUACGUCCUUACAGGCCAUGAUUGAUGCAUCCGUCAAAGCAGCAAUUGAACAGGCUAUCAGUCAGGCUAUGACAGCCUUCGAGACCAGACAGGUUGUCGCUCAGGAACAGUCAAUUGUGGAGAAAACUGCGGAGAAACCUACGGAGAAAACUGCGGAGAAAUCUACGGAGAAGACUACGGAGAACAAGAGCACGGGCAGCAGCAGUCCUAUUCAAGCCGGCACCCUCUCCACUCUUCCACACCAGGCCACCACUCAGAAUUGCGGAGAUUCUUCCGCUCGCCUCAACGGUGCUCCACCUCCUACUCUCGCCUCUCAACUCGCCUCUCAACUCGCCUCUCAACUCGCCUCUCUACCCGGCUAUAUUCACUACGCGGAAGGGUUUUCAGAGAAGAUUCAGGAGAAGUAG